UAUUAAUUGAUUCCGUUAAAUACUUCUUUUUAUAUAUUUUUGACUAAUUGUCAUUUAUUUUUGUAAUUUAUUUAUAUUAUGUUAAUUUUGUCAAAAUUCAGAUUUAAACAAAACGUUUUUUCUUCCUGUGUUAGCUCAUUCAUUAAUGAUAGAAAUAACUGGUCAAAUAUAGAUGAUUUGGUAACCAAAACUCUAGGAUCGGUAGACGCUAAAGUUCAUUCGCCGGAUUCCCUUUUAAAACUUGCUUAUAAAGGACUAAAAUAUCAGAUAUUUGACGCAUAUUUUUGGAAUGAUGUGUAUGAUAAAACCUUCAGAUCUAAGGACUUAUUUACUCCUUCUCAGUGGGUUAGACUUCUACACAUAUACAAACGUAUUAAGGUUCGUAACUCGGAAUUGUACAAUAUAGCACUUUCUGGUAUUGAGAGGAACUUGGAUAGCUUAUCCCUAAAGGACCUUUCCUUACUUUCAUUAUCUUUUUCAUACUUUUCAUUUUGUCCCAAGUCAUUGUUUUCCAAAAUCUCGAAGACUGUUUGUGAUCGUCAUAGAGAAUCUAAACUUAAGGAGUUUGACUCAUCUUUAGACUCUAACCACAUUGGUGAAAAUGAUAGUCACACCAAGGCCACUGUGUUUAAAAAGUUGAAAACUAGUGAGACGGUAUCGUAUAUUCACAUGAUUGGAUCUUACGCCAAGUGUGGAUUCGAUGAUAAAGAGCUCUUUGAGGUUGUAACUGAGAACCUAAUUGAGAAUAUUAGUAACCAUCAUGUGACGAUAUCUUCUAACCUACUGAUGAAGACAUUGGAUUCCUACUCUAGGUUUGGUUACAGAAAUGUUCGACUCCUUGAUACUCUCAGCAAUCAAAUUAUUACAGCUAAACUGUCAGCUGAAGAACUUUCAAGGGUAAAGAACAUAUUCUCACAACUUGAAUAUGAAAAUGACACAAUGAAUAAUAUCUUUUCAUACAGACUGGGCAAUGUAAAUUAG